AUGCAAUGGGCCCAGAUAAUCUUCAUCCAAGAAUAUUAAAGGAACUGGCACAUGGAAUUAAGAAUCUCCUUCUACUGUCUCCACCACACCCGACUCCACAGAUGUAACCCCCGCGCCUCCUCGGCAGGCGGUAAUGAUGAGUCGGAUUUCCCGGAGCUGCAGACAGCGCGGGAGUUCUCCGAGGACGAGGAGGAGGAGGAGACGUCCCUGGACUGGGGGACCCCGAGGGAGCUGACCUUCUCCUACAUCACCUUCGCGGGUGGGCCUGACGCCAUCCCUCCCAGCGAGCCCGGCCCCCGGGGGCAGCGGGACUCCCUGGCCCGCCGGAUGAGGGGCCCCCUGCCCCGCCCCGAGACCUGCGAGACCUUGGUGCCCACGCUGGGCGACAGCCUGGAGAACAUCCCCAGCCUGUGCCAGUCGCCCGAGGGCGAGCAGGGGCUGCCGGCCGGGCAGUACCAGGGGCUGGAACCCUUCUCGGCCUGGGAUGCCCCGCUGAGCUACGCGGAUGAGCCCUGCUCCCUGGGGUGGGAGGAGCCACAAGUCGUGCCAGGCGGAGGUGGGCACCGUGCCCCCCCUUUUGGGGCAGCAGAGCAGCCGGGAGCCCUCACCGCACACUCAGAGGCUGCUCCGGAAAUGGCGCCAGGGGACCACCCGCGACCCAAGGCCCUAAUGCCAUGUCCUGCAGGGGGCACCCCCGGGCUCGCUUACGCCGAGGGCAGCCAGCACCCACCACAGACCUCCGCCGCCCCCAGCCCAAGGGAGGAGGAGCUGGAGCCACAGGAGGAGGGGGAGCAGGCAGAUACGGAACCAAUCACAGAACAGCAGCUGGAUGGGCUGGACCAAUCCGGGAACACUCUGGGAGUAUACAUUAUAGUGGCGGACCUGGUGUACUGGCGGGACACCCGCACCUCGGCGCUCGUCUUCACCGGCAUCAUGGUGACUCUGUUGAGCCUGCUGCACUUCAGCAUCGUCAGCGUGGGCUCCUACGGCGCCCUGGCCGUGCUGGGCAUCACCAUCACGCUGCGGCUGUGCCGCAAGGGGCUGCAGGCCCUGCGCCGCUCCGACGGCGCCAACCCCUUCCAGGCUCAGCUGGACGCUGACUUGCCGCUGUCCCAGGAGCAGCUGGAGCGCCUCGCCACGCAGCUCAGCCGGGACAUCCUGGCGGCCGCCCACACCCUGCGCCGCCUCUUCCUGGUGGAGGAUCUGGUGGACUCGAUCAAGUUCGCCUUCCUGUUCUACAUCCUCACCUACGUGGGAGCCGUGUUCAACGGGCUGACACUGCUCAUCCUGGGUGUGAUAAGUGCAUUUACUUUCCCCCUGCUCUACCGGCAGCACCAGGCACAGAUCGACCAGUACGUGGGGCUGGUGAGGAACCAGCUGAGUAAACUCAGAGCCAAGAUUCAGGCCAAGCUCCCAAGUGCCAAAGCGAAGCCAGAAUGA